AUGGCUCCCCUGAGGCACGCGGGCUGGAUGUGGAGAACGUUCCCAGAGGGGAGGGGAGCCCGGUUUCGGUUUCUCUCUCUCAGCUGCUUCUCUGUCAUGCUCAGUCGACACAAGUGCCACAAGAACUGCAAGAAGCGGAGCAGGCCAGCGCCUCAGGACUGCAGGAGGCCCCAGCUUUCCCAUUACAAGGCAACUUACACCCAGCCACCAAACGUACAUCCUCGAAGCAGCAAGAGGCCGCUCCGCACCCCUCCACACCCCAACCCCCCGGCCAUGGCCUUCAGCACCACGCAGCGGGCAGAGUUCAUUCCCUGGGAGCUGGGCCAGAGGACCAAGCCGCCUGUCCAGGAGGCGUAUCAGUGCCCACAGGAGCCUUUCCAAAGCCAGAGUCUGUACCGCCUCCACUUCCCGCCCAGGGAGCCGGUCGGGACCACCCUCCGGCGGCCCCCGACUCCCAGGCAGCCUGACGGCUCUGGCUUCCCCCACACCACCACCACCAAGGAGAGCUACAAAGGAUGGCGAGGCGAACGCCCAGCCGGCUAUGGAGAGCCGCCAGCCCUGGCAGGCGCUCUCCUGUCCCCUGACCGGGCAGCCGAGAUGGAAAGCACCACGCAGCGAGAGUUCACUGAGAAACGCAUCCCCAAACCGGAGCUGGUCAAAGGCCUCCAGGCUCAGCUCACCAUUGAAGGUGAUCAUGACAUGACGACAACCCACCAGAGCACCUACCAGUCUGUGCCCUUGGAGAAGCGGGUAGCCCAGUCACGCGGUAAAGGAGUAGUGCCAGCAGGGAAACGAGCCCAGGUGGAAUACAUGACCAAGUACCGGAGCGAUUUCCCAGCAUGUAGCUUGUUACCUGCACGGAUUCAGCCUGCUCAGCCUCCUCUGGACAACCUGGCAAUCAACCAGGGCUUCAGCACAGAUUUUCAGACGGUGCAGAGGGAAAGCUACCAUGGCUGGGACACCCGCAGAUACCCUCGUGCCAGCCCCAUCAAGCUGAAAGAGGAGCUGGCAGACUUGGGGAAAGAGAGGGAUGGAAAAGUCAGUGGAGACACGGUGACCAAGCUCUCUUACCCUCCUCUGCCCUUGGACAGGCCUCUGGGGACUAUCCAGUGGCCCCCCACAGUGCUGAGAUCCCUCCCUGCAAAGUUUGACGAUUCCACAGCUCACAAGUUCUUCUUCAGAGAGUGGAGAGUCCAGCCCCGAAUCCGGCAAGGUGACCCCCACGAUGGAGUCUACAUCCGACCUCUGGCCAAGUUUGAAAGCCAAACUACCACACACAGCACAUUCCUGCCCCAGAGAGCGGAGAAGGUGAAGAACUGCAAACCAGAGCAGAAACCCAUCCAAGCACAGGGAAAGCAGGAUUUCUCCACCAUCCACAGGGAGUCUUACAGGCCUAUCCCACUCCCAGUCUGUCGUUUGCAAAUGUACUUGAUCCAGCAACAGCAGCAGGGAAGAGAAACAAUGAAUUCUCUUGUGCCCGUUAAAGCCUGAUAUGCAGUGUGGAUCCAGGUCCCUCAGCCAAAUCAACUCUGUCCCCAGAAUGCUAAUGGGCAAACCAUUACUAACUAGACAAUUUGAUAAACUGUUUUUUGUGCAUCUUAGCAACAUUAAAAUGGCAUCUAAAAUCUCUGAAACUUGAGUGCCUACACUGCAGAGGUGUGAUUGCACUCACACUAACUUUAAUCUAGCUACCAUGGCUAAAAACAAAGAUGCAGCACCACAGAAUAGGAACCCAAGU